UUCAGCAGGCAGCUUUGAAGUUACAGUUUCACAUCUUCAUAGACUGCUUUAGAAGAGUAAAAUAAAGAAUCGAAUUCCUUUCUCCAACAAGAGCUAAAGAAGAAAUCAAUUCACCAACCUCCACAAUUUCGUUUCGUUCUAUGCAUUUUUCACGUUUGCGAGCGGUAGAUCUUCUUUGAAAGGGCUUUGAUUAGCGAAGCUUUUGUGUAAAGCACAGUGCGAAUGCUGAGAUCGAGUUAUAGAGAUUAGAAUCUUUGCCGCCGGAGCGGAGGAGAUCAACGGCGGAGAUGGUGGUUAGAAAAGUCGGCAAAUACGAGGUCGGGAGGACGAUUGGGGAAGGUACGUUUGCGAAGGUGAAGUUCGCUCAGAAUACUGAGACUGGCGGGAGUGUUGCUAUGAAAGUUCUCGAUCGGAGCACCAUAAUCAAGCACAAGAUGGUUGAACAGAUAAAGAAGGAGAUUUCUAUCAUGAAGCUUGUGAGGCACCCUUAUGUUGUUCGUCUUCAUGAGGUUCUUGCAAGCCGUACGAAGAUUUAUAUAAUCUUGGAGUACAUUACUGGUGGUGAAUUGUUCGACAAAAUAGUUCAUCAUGGACGCCUUAGUGAAGCUGAAUCUAGGAGAUAUUUCCAACAGCUAAUCGAUGGUGUAGAUUAUUGCCACAGCAAGGGAGUAUAUCACAGAGAUUUAAAGCCUGAAAAUCUGCUACUUGACUCCCUAGGUAAUUUAAAGAUCUCAGAUUUUGGCCUGAGUGCAUUGCCCGAACAAGGAGUUAGCCUACUCCGUACGACAUGCGGUACUCCAAACUAUGUAGCACCAGAGGUGCUCAAUCACAAGGGUUAUGAUGGGGCUAUGGCAGAUGUUUGGUCCUGUGGGGUAAUUCUUUAUGUGUUGAUGGCAGGAUAUCUUCCAUUUGAUGAGCUUGAUCUCACCACGUUAUAUAGUAAGAUUGAGAGAGCCGAAUUUUCAUGUCCAUCUUGGUUUCCUGUGGGGGCAAAAGCCUUGAUCCAUAGAAUAUUUGACCCCAAUCCUUCAACUCGUAUUACCAUUGAGCAGAUCAGAGAGGACGAGUGGUUCAUGAAAAAUUAUGUUUCGGUCAAACAUUUCGAAGAUGAAGAUGUAAAUCUGGAUGACGUAAAUGCUGUCUUCGAUGAUCCUGAGGAACAAAGGACCGAAGAAGAACGUGGUAACGAGGACAUGAGCCCGCUCGCCCUUAAUGCAUUUGAUUUAAUAAUUCUAUCUCAAGGCUUAAACCUCGGAACGAUGUUCGACCGUGGCCAGGAUACUAUGAAGUACCCGACACGCUUCGUCUGCCAAAAGCCCGCAAAGGUUUUAUUAUCAACUAUGGAAGUUGUAGCUCAAUCAAUGGGUUUCAAGACACACAUUCGUAAUUACAAGAUGAGAGUAGAAGGCCCAUCAGCAAGCAAGACUUCUUAUUUCUCAGUUAUUAUGGAAAUUUUCGAAGUCGCUCCCACGUUCUUUAUGGUGGACAUUCAAAAAGCAGCUGGGGAAACCAGCGAGUACCUCAAGUUCUACAAGAGCUUUUAUAGCAAUCUUGAAGACAUCAUCUGGAAACCUUCAAUCGACACCAGCAAACCAAGAACCGCCAAGAACAAGACUAAAAAACGCUGAUUUCGUGUGCAUCAAGGCUGGAAACAGCAUUAUCUAACCAGAGGAAGACCCAAAACAGUAUGAUGUUAAGAUAUGUUUACGGUCUUUAAUUACUUAUACCUUGCUGCUCUUUGAGCCAGAAGAGAACAGAUCCUAGGAAAUUUGUAUGAGUAUUUGUAUAUACCAUCAUCUAGAUUUAUUAAAUUCUCUUUCCAAAUUAGCUGA